CCCUAACGUCGCCGAAAAAUUAAAAUAAAGACCCAUUUUUUUUUAUUUUUCUUAAAGGUUUUUUUAUUUUAAAUAUUAUUUUUUUAAUUUUAAUAAUUUUGGGAGCGAGAUCGCUAAAUCUCUCAAAAACUCAAAAAAAAAUUCAAAAUCCCAAAAUCCCUCACUAUGGCCUUUCACGUAGCUUGCCCAAUUACAUGUCGGCGAAUUUGCUUCUGUUCGCUAGGGUUUCCUCGGAAUCUCCAGUCUACAAACUCCAAGGAUGGUUUCUUGCAGGAAGUGGUUCAAGUCCAGGGCUUCUUGAAAGACCCCUGGGGCGUUAGGGUUUCUCGAGAGGGGACCGUGCAGGUCCCCGUACCUAAAGUCGCCCCGGUUCCUGCCGGAGAUGGAGGCGGUGGCGGCGGCGCUGAUUCCUUGGAGGAGUCGGCUCAGGCGAAGCGAUUCUCGCUUCAGAGGAAGGCUGCUGCCGCAAUGGUGGCGGCUGAGGAUUAUGCUAGGAGGGUUGAGUCGGGUGAUAUUUCGGUUGCAUCAAAAAGUUCUGCUCUGGACGAGCAAGGUCAGUCUAACACGAAUGUAAUGUGCCGCAUGUGCUUUUUGGGUGAAAAUGAAGGAAGCGAGAGGGCAAGAAGGAUGCUUUCUUGUCGAAGUUGUGGCAAGAAGUACCACAGGAGCUGCUUGAAAUCUUGGGCUAAACAUAGAGAUCUGUUUCAUUGGAGUUCCUGGACGUGCCCUUACUGUCGAACCUGCGAGGUGUGCCGAAGUACUGGAGACCCAACUAGACUCAUGUUCUGCAAAAGGUGUGAUGGUGCAUAUCAUUGCUACUGCCAACAUCCGUCGCAUAAGAAUGUUUCUUCCGGGCCAUAUUUGUGCCCUAAACAUACAAGGUGUCACAGCUGUGGAUCCAAUGUCCCUGGAAAUGGUUUAAGUGUGCGGUGGUUCUUGGGAUACACUUGUUGUGAUGCUUGUGGAAGGUUGUUUGUGAAGGGAAAUUAUUGCCCUGUAUGUUUGAAGGUUUACAGGGACUCCGAAUCAACACCCAUGGUCUGCUGUGAUGUUUGCCAGCGUUGGGUGCACUGCCACUGUGAUGGCAUCAGUGAUGAAAGAUAUCUGCAGUUUCAAGUAGAUGGCAAUCUCCAGUAUAAAUGUGCAACUUGUCGUGGAGAGUGCUACCAGGUUACAGAUCUUGAGGAUGCUGUCCGAGAGCUUUGGAAGAGAAGAGACAUAGCUGAUCAAGAUAUGAUAGCUAGCCUGAGAGCUGCUGCAGGGCUGCCAACUCAAGAAGAAAUAUUUUCCAUCUCUCCAUAUUCAGAUGAUGAGGAAAAUGGUCCUAUGAUGCCGAAAAAUGAAUUUGGGCGUUCCCUGAAGUUCUCUCUUAAAGGGCUUGCUGACAAAGCACCGAAGAAGAACAAGGAAUAUGGAAAAAAAUCUUCAAGUAAAAAAUAUCCCAAGAAAAAGGCUUACCAAGCAUCUUUCAUUAGCAAAGGAGAAUCUCAGCUGAGUUUUGAGGGGAAUCAAGAUGUACAAUCUCAAGGAUACAGCUUGGGUGAGGACAGGAACAAUGAAGUUGCAUCUCAGAUAAAUGACGGACAAGAUAUUUCUUCUCCUGUUGCUGGAAUUUGUUCUACCAAUCAGCCAGGGGUUUUGAAACACAAGCUAGUAGAUGAGGUGAUGGUUAGUGAUGAAGAUAGAACAUCUCGUGUUAUUAAAAUCAAAAGCAAUAAACCACAUGAUUUAGGUCGUGGAGAUGAUAAUGGAAAACAUAGUAACAAGUCAAAGACUGUGAAAACUAAGAAAUUAGUCAUAAAUCUAGGUGCACAAAAAAUAAAUGUUACCAACUCCCCAAUGUCUGAUGCUUCAAGCUUUCAAAGAGAUCAAGAUGUGACUUCAUACAAUGGUGUUCAAGAUGCAAAUCAACAUAGAAUUGGUGAUAAGUUUCUGGAUUGGCAUGAAGGUACUGCUAAAUCUGGUGAUGGAGAUGGAGUCGAUCACUCUGCCAAGUCAAGAGGUGUGAAAAUAACUGGGAGAGAAGGAAAUUUGAUUAAGUUUGGCAAAAUUAGGUCUGAAGCUUCUGAAUUGAGGUCCAAAUUUGGUGUAGCAAACAGUUCUGAUGGAUAUGGAAUUGGUCCACUCGAACACACACGAAUUCCCUCAGGCAAAGGAAGCAUAGAUGGAAAUAGGCUUGCUGCUGCUCCUUCAGGUGAGGUCUCGACCCUAAGAGGGGGUAAGGUGGUGUCAGGAAAGCAGUUGGAAGACAGAGCUGAUAUGUAUGGCGAAAGUUGUGAUGAUUAUGGCCACACACCUAUCUUGAACUCUUUGCCAAAAGAUCCCAAACCAUCUCUUAAGUUCAAAUUGAAGAAACCUGUUCUUGACAAUCAGAAUUCCCAGGCUCAUUACGAUGAGGAAAAGAGUUCUUCUAUAAAGGGCCAAAGGUCAAAAAGAAAGAGACCAUCUCCCUUCAUGGAAAAAUCAUUGUUUAAUGAAGAUGAAGAUGUUAAUGUCACACAAUCACAUCAAGACAGUUUAAUGGAUGGCAUGAUGGAUGCUAGUUGGAUUUUAAAGAAGUUAGGAAAAGAUGCAGUUGGGAAGAAAGUUGAAAUUCAUCAGGCCUCGGACAAUUCAUGGCAUAAGGGUGCCGUUACUGACAGCAUUGAAGGCACAUCCACUUUAGCAGUCAGGCUAGAUGAUGGUAGAGUGAAGACUUUGGAACUUGGGAAGCAAGGCGUUCGUUUUGUUCUUCAAAAACAAAAGAGAUCAAAAAUUUGAACCUGAAAGGCCUAAGUUGUUCUUAGCGAGUGGAUUUGUAGAGAUUUUUUGUUCCCCCAUUUUUCUAAUUUGGCAGUGCUCUUAUUUUGUACUGAUGUUACUUUAUAGCAUAGGCAUUUCGUUUCAGGCAGUUAAAGUUUUCUAGUGAAGAAUCCAAGGCUGUAUGGCGUUUUCUUAUUGUAGUGGUUGGAAUGGAACUGUCCAAUUCUCUUUUACA